AAUGACAAUUCGACUAGAGUGCUCAGGUAUUUUAGUAGUGUGCAGGGCGGUGUGUUCAAAGUGCAGCGCAGACCCAGUCUACAUUCCUGUGUUGGCGGAGACCUUUGUCGACGGAGCUGUAGCAAAACUUUUUGCGCCUUUACUGUAUGCUAACAAUUAAUUUUCAAAACCUUGUUUACGCGUCUUCAAUCAUCUGAAUCUUGACAGGAGGAAAUGAGAGAGUGUAUCUCCAUCCACGUGGGUCAGGCGGGAGUUCAGACUGGCAAUGCAUGCUGGGAACUCUUCUGCUUGGAACACGGUGUGGGGCCUGACGGGGUGUUCAAUGAAGAGGACCAGGGGCCUAAUUCACGGACUGACCCCUUCAACACCUUUUUCAACACAGGAAGUUCUGGCCGCCAUGUUCCCAGGGCCAUAUUUGUGGACCUGGAGCCAACGGUGGUUGAUGAGGUCAGGACGGGAAUAUACAGGCAGCUCUACCAUCCUGAGCAGCUCAUCUCUGGAAAGGAGGAUGCAGCCAAUAACUACGCCCGUGGACACUACACUGUGGGUAAGGAGAUCAUUGACGGGGUUCUGGAGCGUGUCCGUAAAAUGACUGACCAGUGCACAGGGCUACAAGGAUUCCUCAUCUUCCACAGCUUCGGAGGAGGCACUGGCUCUGGCUUCACCUCUCUGCUGAUGGAGCGCCUGUCUGUUGACUACGGUAAGAAGUCCAAGCUGGAAUUUGCCAUCUACCCAGCUCCCCAAGUGUCCACAGCUGUGGUAGAGCCAUAUAAUUCCAUUCUGACCACCCACACCACCCUGGAUCACUCUGACUGUGCCUUCAUGGUGGACAAUGAGGCCAUCUACGACAUCUGUCGCCGCAACCUUGAUGUUGAGCGUCCAUCCUACACCAACCUCAACAGAUUGAUCGGUCAGAUCGUUUCCUCCAUCACUGCCUCCCUACGCUUUGAUGGUGCCUUGAAUGUUGACCUCACAGAGUUCCAGACCAAUUUAGUCCCAUUCCCCCGCAUUCAUUUCCCCCUGGUCACCUACGCGCCCAUUAUCUCCGCUGAGAAGGCCUACCAUGAGCAGCUGACCAUCUCUGAGAUCACCACUGCCUGCUUCGAGCCAGCCAAUCAGAUGGUCAAGUGUGACCCUCGGCAUGGCAUGUACAUAGCCUGCUGUAUGCUGUACCGUGGAGAUGUGGUGCCCAAAGAUGUGAAUGCUGCCAUUCAAAAUAUCAAGACCAAACGUUCCAUCCAGUUUGUGGAUUGGUGCCCCACCGGUUUCAAGGUUGGGAUCAACUAUCAGCCCCCAACUGCCGUACCUGGAGGUGAUCUAGCUAAAGUCCAGAGGGCUGUGUGCAUGCUGAGCAACACCACUGCCAUUGCUGAAGCCUGGGCCCGUUUGGACCACAAGUUUGACCUCAUGUAUGCCAAACGUGCCUUUGUGCACUGGUAUGUAGGUGAGGGCAUGGAGGAGGGAGAGUUCUCUGAGGCCAGAGAAGACCUGGCUUGUCUGGAGAAGGAUUAUGAAGAGCUGGGCAGAACAAGCACAGAAUCUGAUGAUGAUGCGGGUGAGGAAUAUUAAGAACCAAAUAACCAUGAUGUCCAAUCUGUCUAUUAAAAAUGUCAUAUUCUGUCUUUGUAUUCUUUCUUCUUGUAACAAUAUACUGUUGUAUCUGCCUGCCCUGAACGAAAACAUCUGAAGUUGUAUAAACCGUAUGUACAGCCAGAUGCACUUUUUUUGUGGUUUAUUAACACCUUGUUAAUCGGUAAGUUCCAAAGUGCCAUGUUUUGCAAUUGCAAUAGUUUUCAGCUUCUGAAUAAAAUCGGUCUUGAGUACAACAUUGAACAAGAUAUUUUUUCUCUCUGCAUAUUACUUUGAAAUUGAUGAUGAUUAGAAUGUUACAGCUAGGGCCAAACUCAACCAGGAGUAGAUUGGAGAACCUUACCCACGUUCUGUUGUCAUGUUCUGUUUCAGUAAUAAUGUAUUGAGCAUUUAUAUUUAGUUUACUAACAGUAUAUUAUGAGUCUAUAGAUGUAUAAAUAUUUUAUAAUUAUGUAAUAAACAGUUGUAACCCAUUGCA